UUUUCAUAUGUGUUGCAGAUGAGGCAUUCCUGGAACACUUCCUGUACGGCUGCAAGAACAGGCUGUCCCGAUGCAAGGAAGUCCUGGACAUGUACUACACCGUGCGGGGUGCGGUGCCCGAGUUCUUCAAGAACAGAGAUGCAACCUCCAAGAGUUUUCAAGAAUGCUGUGAAGUCGUACAAUUUUUGGUACUACCGCGCAUGACCCCUGAGGGCUACAGGGUGGUCUUUAUGAAGAUGCGAGAGCUGGACCCGGCGAGGUUUGAAGUAGAAGAGUCCAUCAAGAGAGCCUUCAUGGGCUUCGACCUGCGCCUGCGCGCUGAGAAAGUUCUGGGAGACGUGCAUGUGUACGACGCUACGGGCAUCACCUGGGCCCACCUCAUGAAGUUCACACCCACCAUCCUCAAGAAGCUCAUAGUCUGCAUCCAGGAUGCUUUGCCUAUUCGCAUCAAAGCAAUGCACUUCGUCAACGCGCCAGUAUUUAUGGACAAGUUUAUUGCUUUCCUAAAGCCUUUCUUCAAACCCAAGCUAAGGAAAAGGGUGAGUCUUAAUAUUAUAUAUCGGUCUACUUGUCAGGUGUAUGUGACUAUCUUAUAAUAUUUAUGCUUUGAA